AUGUCGGCCCAAACCGCAUCAACGAGUCCCUCUCUUUCCUUCAACUUGCCAUCUCACACAGAUAUAUUGGAUUCAGUUGAUGAAGACGUUCAGGAGGAAGAGGAUGAUGAAGGGACUGAUUCUGCUGUUCGACCCGCGCCAAUACUGACGGCCAACCAAUAUGUUGAAGCAGAUAUGCUGAUGGGCGUCUCAAUGGGCUUCAAACCACCAUCAAUCUCCACGAUAUUGUCACCUAUGGGAGAGGCCAUGCCCAAUAUUAUAACAUUACCAUACGGGAAGGCACCGAUAUUUCACAUUCAGUCGCCCUCCUGGCAUCACCUGUUGAAGCUAAUGGCGCGAUUAAGUGGGACUCGCGUCGAACCAACCCUGGAAGCUCUUACCGUUGCAAAGGAUGAGCUCAAGUUGAGAAUUGUAAUCCAGUUUGUCAAGAUUCAUCACUCUGCUUCGGAAUGGCGAACGGUCAUCUAUCUGACAACUGAUAUGCCAGUACCUCAAUCUGUCACAAACUCGCAUAAGUACACCAAUGGCGAUGUAACCGUACUUCCUUACUCCUAUACCUUGUCACCACUCCCGCAGCUCCUCCGUGAUGGGGCUGACUCGCCAAUGGCAAAAUACUAUGUAGUUCCCGCGACGAAUUCCACACCAUACCCUACACUUCCAAUCAACUUUCCAAACCUCGCAAUGUACUUGCAAUCAGCUGUCCAGGCUUCCAGGAAAGCGGCUUACGAUAGUUCCAGUGGCCUCCGGAGGCUCGCUCUUAAUAUUGAUUCUUGCUAUCCCAGAGACAAUGAGAGGCCGAUCAGUGCAGACUUCUCUGACACCUCUCGAAGUCUGGGUGGGAUGUUUAAACGCGUUAUCAACCGCGGAAAACCUCCAAGAGGACGGGGAGGUAACGAAGAAAUUUAUGAUCUAGUCACGCCGUUUGUGCCAGAUGAGUGGGGUUAA